ACCCAACUCUUAACAAUUACAAAGGAGGCGUGUGUGGGUUAAGACAGCAGCAGACACAUAUAGAACUUAUCCCUCACGAGAUGGGUGGUUCGUUAUCAGCAGUGUCCGAAAAGUCCAUCCAUGAGUUCACCGUCAAGGAUAGUACCGGCAAGGAGGUUGAUCUUAGCAUUUAUCAAGGGAAAGUUCUCCUCGUCGUGAACGUUGCUUCUAAAUGCGGUUUCACGGAAUCCAAUUACACCCAGCUAACAGAACUUUACCAGAGAUACAAUGAUCAAGGGUUUGUGAUAUUAGCGUUUCCAUGCAACCAGUUUAUGUACCAAGAGCCUGGGACAAGCCAAGAUGCUCAUGCAUUUGCUUGUACAAGGUUUAAGGCCGAGUACCCCGUUUUCCAAAAGGUGUGUGUAAAUGGACAAAACGCAGCACCAGUCUACAAAUUCCUCAAGUCAAAGAAACCAACUUUCUUCGGAACAAGGAUUAAAUGGAACUUCACCAAGUUCUUGGUCGGCAAAGACGGUCAAGUCAUUGAUCGUUAUGGCCUAACUGUUCCACCUCUCUCCAUCGAGAAAGACAUCAUCAAAGCCCUUGGAGAAGCAGGAGAUGAUGUUUCCAAGUAUUGAACCCUUGAUGCAGACACAAAGAGGCUCUUGACGUUGGACUGGCUUGUGUCUCGAGUUACCGAAUGACAUCAUCACAUGUAAAAAAAGGGCCUUCUUAGCUCUCUUUUCUAAUUUGUUUUGACUCAGUUUUGUAGCUGCCAUGGUAAAAAGAGAUGCAUGCAUACACAAGUUUCCACAUUUCCUUACCACCACCUUGUGUAGCUUCCAUUUGGGCUUAGUAUUGAUCUUCCGAAGAAAAUAUCCCACAGCUAUUUGCGAUUUAACUAUUUACUAAUAAAAAGACAAUGGGAGAGUGUGUGGCAAAAAAAAACUAAUAUACAUAUAUGACUUUUGAUUUGUUUAUACUACUCCCAUAAUCUUAAACUGAAAACACUACAAAUUGUUGUUUUUUUUAGAAGAGCUCUUGCAUGCAUGAGAAGGGUUCCUACGUUUACAAAUUUGUCAUAUUUUAUAAAGGAAAAUAAAAGUUGUGGUAUUCUGGAAGAUAAUUAAGAAAAAACAGUGUCUCUAAAAAAUUUGGUUAGGA